UCACUGCAUUGCGAUCAUUGUUUAUUGUGUCGUCGUAUCGGCGUUCUAACUUGUUUCUUUUGCUGGGGAAAAUGGUGGACUAGCAGAUGCCGGUUUUUUUGUGGGUUUUUUUUUUCCAAUCUUGGACAAUGAUGCCGCAAAGUUAGUAGCGGCGGUUUGGUCCGUUAUUUGGCAUUUCAUCAUGAAGUCGGAAAGCUACGCCUGCAGAAUUCUGCUCGGAGUGCUCUCCAUGUGUCUGGCGUGUGUGGAAGUUGUUAGACCCUCGUUUGUAAAUGGAAAUUCGUUGUUUGUAAGCAAUGGAACUCACAUAAUCAGAAUUGAUCGAACCUCGCGGAUCAGAAAAAUUAUAUAUGUUGAGCCUGAAGGUCGAAUAAUAGGCCUUGCUGCAGACAUCGAAGAUAACUUGCUAUUUUGGUCAGACAUCGGUAAACGAAAAGCUAUUUUUAAAUCAAGACUUGAUGGAACCAGGGUCCAAAUUAUUCUCACUGGUAUGUAA